AUGUCUGAACUACGUUUCGACAACCAGACAGUCGUCGUGACCGGAGCAGGCGGUGGCCUUGGUAAAGCUUAUGCUACCUUCUUUGCGUCGCGAGGGGCAAAUGUCGUUGUUAAUGAUCUAGGCGGCUCCUUCAAAGGUGAGGGAACGUCGAACAAGGCCGCCGAUGUCGUCGUUGAAGAAAUCAAGGCAGCAGGAGGUAAAGCAGUGGCAAACUACGACAGCGUGGAGAAUGGGGAGAAGAUUAUCGAGACUGCCAUCCAGGCCUUUGGCCGGGUAGACAUUCUUCUAAAUAAUGCUGGCAUCUUGAGGGAUGUCAGCUUCAAGAACAUGAAGGAUGCAGACUGGGAUCUGAUUAUGAAGGUGCACGUGAAAGGCGCCUAUAAGUGUGCACGAGCAGCAUGGCCGUACUUUCGGAAGCAGAAAUACGGCAGAGUUAUAAAUACUGCAUCUGCAGCGGGACUUUUUGGAGGCUUCGGACAAGCAAAUUAUGCAGCUGCCAAGCUUGCACAAGUUGGCUUUACGGAGACUCUGGCAAAGGAGGGCCUGAAAUAUAACAUCUUAGUGAAUGUGAUUGCGCCCAUAGCUGCUAGCCGCAUGACUGAGACUGUCAUGCCUCCAGACGUUCUGGAGAGUCUGAAACCAGAUUGGGUGGUUCCGCUCGUCGCCGUACUCGUACACUCAUCGAAUGAAAUCGAGACCGGGUCCAUUUUUGAAGUUGGCGGUGGUCAUGUUGCCAAGAUUCGAUGGGAGCGUGCCAAGGGCGCCUUACUCAAGACCGAUUCAACGCUCACCCCUGGAGCUAUCCUCAAGCGCUGGAAGGACGUUAAUGACUUCUCAGAACCAGAGCACCCGCAAGGGACAGCCAACUUUAUGGAGAAGCUAGAAGAAGGGUUGAAGCUCUCCAGCAAUGAUCCUGGUGAGACGCUGGACUUUAAGGGAAAGGUGGCACUUAUUACUGGUGCCGGUGGAGGUCUUGGUCGCUCCUAUGCACUUUUAUUCGCUAAACUUGGAGCUUCCGUCGUGGUAAAUGAUCUUGUCAAUCCAGAUACCGUCGUGCAAGAAAUUAAGAAGCUGGGAGGAAAGGCUGUUGCAAGCAAAGCUUCUGCCGAAGAUGGCGAAGUCGUUGUCAAAGCCGCUAUCGAUGCGUUUGGGCGCAUUGACAUCUUGGUCAAUAAUGCCGGGAUUCUUCGCGACAAGGCAUUUGCCAACAUGGACGAGAAACUGUGGGAUCAGGUCGUUGCCGUUCACCUUCGAGGCACAUACAAGGCUACCAAGGCUGCCUGGCCCUACUUUUUGAAACAAAAGUAUGGCAGAGUCAUCAACACGACUAGCACCAGUGGCAUCUACGGCAAUUUUGGUCAGGCAAACUAUGCCGCAGCGAAAGCGGGCAUUUUGGGCUUCUCUCGCACCUUGGCUCGUGAAGGCGCAAAAUACAACAUCUAUGUAAACACGAUUGCACCGAACGCAGGCACGAAUAUGACUCGGACAGUCAUGCCUGAAGAAAUGGUUCAGGCCCUCAAGCCAGACUAUGUUGCGCCACUUGUGGUACUCCUUGCCUCUGACAAGGUUCCCCCUCCGCCGACAGGUGGGCUUUUUGAGGUGGGAAGUGGCUUCGUUGCCAAGACAAGGUGGCAGCGCAGUGGCGGACACGGCUUCCCGAUAGAUGUGAAGCUCACUCCCGAGGCUGUUCUAGAACAGUGGACGCGCAUUAUUAACUUCGACGACGGCCGUGCCGACCAUCCCGAGGACCCUCAAGAUGGACUGAAGAGUAUCAUGGCGAAUUUUGAAAAUCGUAGCAAUGGCGGUCAACAAGAUUCUGAGAAUGAAUUCAUCAAGAAUAUUGAAGCAGCCAAGAAAGCCGAUGCAGAAGGCACUGAAUUUGACUACGACGACCGUGAUGUCAUUCUCUAUAACCUCGGUCUUGGAGCCAAGCGUACCGAGUUGCCGCUUGUCUUUGAAGGAGACGAGAACUUCCAGGUGCUCCCAAGCUUCGGUGUUAUCCCAGCGUUUGGAACGAAGGCAUCAUACAACUAUGAUGACAUUGUACCAAACUUUUCUCCCAUGAUGCUCUUACACGGUGAACAAUUUCUUGAGAUUCGCAAAUUUCCGAUUCCCACUUCCGCCUCCCUCGUCUCUUACGCCAAGCUUGUCGAUGUUAUCGAUAAAGGCAAUGCCGCCAUUGUAGUUUCUGGGAUUACCACAAAAGAUAAGAAUACCGGCGAAGACGUCUUCUACAACGAGUUCACCACAUUCAUCCGUGGGUCUGGUGGGUUUGGUGGACCAAAAAAGGGCAUCGACCGGGGGCCUGCGACGGCAAAUUACAAGCCGCCACAGCGGAAUCCAGAUGUCGUUGUCGAGGAGAAGACUGUCGAGGAACAAGCAGCAUUGUAUCGUCUGAGUGGCGACCGCAACCCGUUGCAUAUCGACCCAGAAUUCUCCAAGGUCGGAGGUUUCAAAACUCCCAUUCUGCACGGUCUCUGCACAUUUGGCAUUUCAGCCAAACACCUCUUCCUGAAGUUUGGCCCGUACCGAAAUAUCAAAGUUCGCUUUGCCGGGACAGUGCUGCCAGGCCAGACUCUGCGCACAGAAAUGUGGAAGGAGGGAAACAAGGUCGUUUUCCAGACCAGAGUUGUCGAGACGGGCAAGAUCUGCAUUGCCGGAGCGGGAGCAGAAUUAGUAACUGAUAAGGGAAAGCUUUGA